AUGGCGUCGCUGAAUCUUGAAAGCCUUCCGGUGGAGUUGGUCGAGGAAAUUGUGGCUUGGCUUGAAUUCCACGAUCACUGUGCUCUGCGUCUGACUGGACGCUCCGUCUCUGUCAAGUCGUCUAAUGCUGCAUUUCGGAAGUAUUUCCUUUCCAAGAAGUUGGAAAUCGCGGAGGCUCCGCUCGAGCAGUUUGUUAGCGUUACCCAGCCAGGACGAUUCGGUCUUUGGGUCCAGGAUCUCACUUUGUUUGCAUCUAUUGCUCUUCAUGCUGAAGUGCCCCCCGCUAGCCCCAAAGUAUUUGAGUUACUGGCGCAAGCAUUUCAGAACAUACGUAAUGACUCACCGCACAAUGAGCCUUUAUCGAUUACUCUCAAGGUAUUUGGGAACGGAUAUCUGAAGGCUGCCGCCGAUACAGUGUUUCAAGUGACAAUGUCAGCUCUGAGGCGCUCUGGGCUGCCGAUUCGGGCAUUUAAUGCGUUUGCAGAAGGCUAUUCUCACACUUAUGGGGGGCGUUGUAGCUUUCCUUUCAGCGAGAUCCCGGACGCUUUAUUCGGCGGCAGCACGGCGGACUUAACCAGGCUGGCGACAGUAUUCCAACCAUGCAGGAAGAUAGGCUUAAGCUUGGCGCACUACAUACAUAACCUAGAUUACAUUAGGCCCCGGGAAUCUCCUUUAAGGCCAGAUAACUUGUUCGAGUUACCGCCGAGCUACGAAGAAGCCCGGGAGAACACCCGAUCACUCCCACAUCUUCUGAACCUUUGUCCUACUCUUGAGGAAUUGCACCUGGUGUGGGAGUAUGAUGACUUCGAGGAGACGGCAGGAGUGAGGGAGGAGUUAUACUUCUUCGAACGAGUAGUAGCAUCUUGCCAAUUCCAGGGCUUGAAGAAGUGUACCUUGUCCGAUAUUCGAAUGUCCGAGGCUACGCUCAUGACUUUUUUCCGUCAGCUUACUCGGCUGGUGCAUUUGGACUUGACGUUCAUAUAUCUCGACGGUAACUUUGACGGUCUAUUCAGACUUCUGUCUACGGCGAUGCCAGAGCUGAAUUACUUGCAUCUCCGGUCGCUAUACUCCUCCUCUGGAACCGUUCGCUUUCUUCAUGAACCGCGAAACAAUAUUGUGAGGUCCCCAUCGUGUCGGCCAUCGCGAUCACAAAUCCUAAUCCGGAGGGGUGCAGACGCUAGGAGACCAGUCAUAACCAGAACUAGGUCCGAUCAAGAACAAUUCUGGAACGACAUUCAAACCACUCAAAAUAAACUGAAAAUUGCACAGCCUAUGCCGACAGCCCGCUCUACCAUUCAUGUCGAAUGGGAAGGGCUUUUACCCGGAAAGAAGCGACUAGCAGUGUACCGCUUCGGCCAAAACAAGAGACGUGAAAACACGGAAACUAUUUCCCUUGCACAUCAAUUAGUGCCAUUCUGGCCUCAACGCUAUUUCGUGAUACACCGCUCGACAUCACCUCACACCCGCCGAAAUAUCAAUAAAGAAUCGCUACAACGAAGAUACUCGUCAUAA